AUUAGAAUGAACUCGACCCCAACAGUGGACAUCACCCUUCUGUGUUAUGAAUCUUUAAAUGGAUCUUGUCCCAAAUUUGCUUAUCCAAUGUUUGUGAGAGUGCCACUGUAUUUGUUUUUUGGUUCAAUGGUGAUUUUAACAGUAUUUGGAAACCUUUUUGUCAUCCUGACCAUCAUUCAUUUCAAGCAGCUGCACAUGCCAACUAACUACCUCGUUCUGUCUCUGGCUGUGACAGAUCUGCUGCUGGGAAGCUUGGUGAUGCCUCCCAGUAUGAUACGCUCUGUGGAGACCUGCUGGUAUUUGGGGAACUUGUUCUGUAAAAUACACAGCAGUGUUGAUGUUGCGUUGUGCACUGCGUCCAUUUUAAAUCUUAGUUUCAUAUCGAUUGACAGAUACUAUGCUGUGUGUAGACCCCUGCUCUACCAAAGUAAAAUCACCUCUUUCGUCACACUGGUCAUGAUUUCCAUCUGCUGGAGUGUCUCUGUUAUAGUCGGCUUUGGGAUAAUAUUUCUGGAGCUUAACAUCCGUGGCAGUGAGGAUUUCUACUAUGAGAACGUGGAGUGUGAAGGUGGUUGUGUGUUGUUCCAAAGUGCAGCCUGCACGACAGUUACUUCUGUGCUUUCUUUCUACUUCCCCGGUCUUGUGAUGCUCAGUAUAUACACUAAAAUAUUCCAUGUUGCACAAAUACAAGCAAAAUCUAUUCAGGAUAUGAAAUGUAAAGGCAACACACAGUCCCUGAUAAGCAAAGAGCAAAGAAAAGCCACAAAGACUCUCUCUGUGAUUAUGGGGGUGUUCCUUUCACUCUGGACCCCAUUUUUCAUCUGUAAUAUCAUUAAUCCUUUCGUGGGUUACUCAAUUCCCCCGGUACUCUUUGAUAUGCUUGUGUGGAUUGGAUAUUUAAACUCAACCUGCAACCCAAUCGUGUAUGCACUCUUCUACAAAUGGUUUAGGAAGGCCUUCUGGAUGCUUGUAACAGGUGAAAUAUUUCUUCCAGGUUCUUCAAGAGUUAAUCUAUUUUCACACUAA